AUGUUCAACCAAAGCGCUGUCACUGAAUUUCUCCUGCUGGCAUUCUCUGACCGGAGGGAGCUGCAGAUCCUGCAUGUUGUCAUCUUCCUAGUUACCUACGUGGUGGCCCUCAUGGGCAAUCUUCUGGUUAUCUUGGCCGUAGCCUUUGACCACUGCCUUCACACCCCGAUGUACUUCUUCCUGAUGAAUCUGUCCAUCCUGGACCUCAGCUCCAUCUCCGUGACUGUGCCCAAAUCCAUAGCAAAUUCCCUACUCAACACCAGGACAAUUUCUUAUUCUGGAUGUGUGGCCCAAGUCUUUCUUUUCUUCUUCCUUACUACUAACAACUUCAUCGUCCUGACGCUCAUGGCAUACGACCGCUACGUCGCCAUCUGCAAGCCCCUCUACUACAAAACCAUCAUGAACUUGAGACUUUGUGCCCAGAUGAUGGCUGGUGCCUGGUUCUUUGCUCUUCUGUACUCGGUGAUGCACACUGGUAACACUUUCUGGCUACCUUUCUGUUCCUCAAAUGUUAUUGAUAAAUUCUUCUGUGACGUACCACAGAUCCUCAGUAUCUCCUGUUCUGAUGCAGGCAUCAGUGAACUUCUUCUUCUAACAAUAAGUGCAUGCUUGUAUUUCAUUGACUUCCUUUUCAUAGUUGUGUCCUACUUUCAUAUUUUCUCUGCAGUGUUUAAAAUCCCCUCAAAGCAUGGCCGGCAUAAGGCCUACACCACAUGCCUUCCGCAUCUCACCGUCAUCUCCUUGUUCAUUUCUACCGGGAUCAUUGCCUACGUCAAACCCUCCUCCCACCCCCCAGCAGUGCUGGACCUUAUUGUUGAUGUUCUCUAUUCUGUGUUGCCUCCUGUCAUGAAUCCCGUCAUUUACAGCAUGAGAAACAAAGAAAUCAAAGCUGCCAUAAGGAAACUGAUGGCUUGGAAGUUCUUCCCGCAGACAAAACUGUUCAGCUUUUGGCUGUGA